AAUGGCGAGUUUUGACUUCAUUUUGACAUCAUUUAUUUUAUUAAUUUCGAAUCGAUUCGUUAUGCCUUGUCACGGCGAUACAAUUGUGAAGAUAAAUCAGGUUCGGCAAACUUGCAACGAUGAUUCGAAAUUGAUUGCUAUACGGGCUGUUGGUGUUUUUCCUGUUGAGAGCGACGAUCGCGAGUUAGAUCUGUCCUUAUUUAUUCCAAUGAAUGAUGAAGAGAGAGAUCCUAAUUCACAGUCAAUUUUUGAAUUAAAUGAGUAUUACUGCGUCGGUGGAAAAGUUGUACUUGGAAGUUAUAAUGGGAAUUUAAGAUUGAAAAUGACUGUCGCAUCAUCAACCCACCUCGCAAUCAAAAGAGACCUUGGUUCAAAUAGGUGUCCAUUAAAAGUUUCACUUGUUGGAGUUGCUCAAGAUGCACCAAAGGAGAUCAAUAAUGAAAACGCGAUAAUUAAUGUAUUAGUAAAUGAUUAUGCCGGGCAAGUUUAUAGUUUCACAAUUAAAAUCAUUUUUCCAUACUGUAAUUCUCGGUUUAAACAUUUAAUGAAUUCUUCUCGAUUGAACGAGUCAGUGCUUUUUGUCGUAGGGCAAAUGGAAAUUAUUGAUAAGGAUCUAUACGUAUAUGCCGUUGAUAUCUCUUUUGUUGAUAUUAGUUCUGUGACAAAGAAGAAAGUUUCUGUUUUUGAAAAUUCGCCAGCAUUGUAUAGAUCAGUUCGUUCAAGGCUUUUAACCAUACAUCAGAGUAUUAAUGAAGAUUCGUUUAAUGUAUCCGAGAUAAAAAAUUCUGAUCUUGGUAAAGAAAAAAGUGAGCGUGAAGUUGAUUUGAUUACCGAAGAUUCUCACGUAAUGAAACGUACAAGGUUGGAAGAUGAGAAAGACGAUUAUGUCGAGUAUGAUGAACAUGACAAUAAACAUAAAAACGAAAGUGCAAAUAUGGGUAAUGGGUACAAAGAUAAUAUUGCUUACGAUAGCAAGGGUUCCGGAUGUAGUUCUGAAGGGUCCUCCAAGGGCAAGGAUAAGGUGAUUCAAUCCGUAGUUCAUAAUACUAGACAACGUUCUGAACUGUUUAAAAAUGUUAACAGUAAUGAUAAAGUGUAG